ACGGACUUCCGCGGCCACCGUAGCGCGGCCUAGCAUUGCCAGGCGCGCCUUUUAAACCGCGCUCGGUGCGUUUCGCCACGCUGGUGAAGUGGUUUUUUACACCAACGGGAUCCUUCCUAGAGUUUAUUAUUACUCUAUUAUUACUCUUAAAGUGUUACAGAGCAAACACCCCCGCCACACUUUGUAUUUCAGCUCUGCGUAAAGAUUCGAAGGCUGUUUAAGGUUUUCACCGCGUGUGUCUUUGAGGCAAGCCUUCAACGCGUUUCACGUCUUUCUCGGUGGAAGCCCCUGUCUCGCGAUGAACCCCAACAAGAAACGCCAGCGGCACAGGAGCCACCAGGAUUACGGGAAGAUUCGUCGAACUGACCUCUUGAUGACCAGCCCCAAGAAAGGGCUUGGCCCUGGCGGGCAGGGCGGUGGCGGCAGUGGUCGUGGUGGAAGCAGUGGCGGUGGUGGUGGUCGUGGUGGAGGUGGCGGCGGUGGCGGUGGUGGCGGUGGUGGUCGUGGUGGAGGCAGCGGCGGCGUUCAUCAGGGCGGAGGUUGGACACCAAAGCCGGGCGCCGGUGGCUCGGCACAGGCCGCGGCCGGUAGCGCCAACUCAGGGCUCGAGGUCCAGCGCAGGGGCCUGCCCAUCUACGCGGUGCGGGCCGAGCUCACCCGCCGGCUACAGGAGCUGCACACCGCCAUAAUCAUCGGCGAGACGGGCUGCGGGAAGAGCACGCAGGUGCCGCGGUUUCUCCUGGACGCCGGCGUGGGCAGCGAGAGAGCCCACGUCGUGGUGACUCAGCCUCGGCGCGUCGCGGCCAUCGCCCUGGCGGAGCGCGUCUCGCGAGAGGCGGGCAGCCCCCUUGGCACGCUGGUGGGCUACACGGUCCGCUUCGAGGACGUGCGCUCCGCGAGCACGCGUGUGCGCUUCGUGACUGACGGGAUGCUGCUGCGCGAGGCGCUGGGCGACCCGCUGCUCUUGGCCACGAGCGCCGUCGUGCUGGACGAGGCGCACGAGCGCUCGCUGCACACGGACACGCUGUUCGGCGUCGUCAAGGGCGCCCAGCGCCAGCGGUGGGAACAGAAGCUCCGCCCGCUCAAGGUGAUCGUGAUGUCCGCCACGAUGGAUGUGGACAGAUUCGUGAGCUAUUUUAACGGAGCUCCUGUGCUUUACGUCGAAGGGCGACAGCAUCCCAUCCAGAUCUUCUACACGCGCGAGCCUCACUCUGAUUUCCUUCACGCCACACUCAUCACGAUCUUCCAAACGCAUCAAGAGCAGGAGGCCGAGCACCACAUCCUGGCGUUCCUCACGGGCCAGGAGGAGAUCGAGGCGAUGGGCCGCGCCUGCAGGGACCUGUCGCGCCAGCUGCCGCCCAGCGUCCCGCGCAUGUGCGUCGUGCCGCUGUACGCCGCGCUGCCGCACGCGCAGCAGCAGCGCGUCUUCGCCCGCGCGCCGCCAGGAACGAGGAAAGUGAUUUUGGCGACUAACAUUGCGGAGACGUCCAUCACCAUCCCGGGCGUUCGAACGGUCAUCGACUGCGGGCUCGUUAAAGCCAAGAUGUUCAGCCCCGGCACGGGGAUGGAGGUGCUCGCCCUGCAGAAGGUGAGCCAGGCACAGGCCUGGCAGCGGGCGGGGAGGUCCGGGCGAGAAGGCCCGGGCUGCUGCCUCAGGCUUUACACGGAGAUGCACUUCCAGAGCCUGGCGGAGAACACCACCCCCGAGCUGCAGAGGUGCAACUUGACCAGCGUGCUGCUGCACCUUUUGGCGUUGGGAAUUUCCGACGUCGCCUCCUUUGACUUCAUGGACAAGCCCAGUCCGGAGGCAGUGCAGAGCGGCCUGUCACAGCUGGAGCUGCUGGGAGCUGUGGAGAGGUCGGAGGGCCAGGCCACCCUGACGCGACUCGGCCGCCAGAUGGCCUCUUUCCCUCUCGACCCCCCUCUAGCCAAGACGAUGCUGGAGUCCCAGGCGCUGGGCUGCACGGAGGAGGUGCUCACCAUCAUGUCCAUGCUGAGCGUUGACUCGGUGUUCGUGUCGCCGAGCACCGAGCGCCGGGACGCGGCGCAGAGCGCCCGAAACCGCUUCACGUCGCCCGAGGGAGACCACGUCUCGCUCGUCAACAUCUACCGCGCCUUCCGUGCCGUCAACGGCAACAAGGAGUGGUGUCAGGAGAACUUCAUUAACCACCGCAACAUGCUCACGGCCGUGAAGAUCCGGGAACAGCUCCGAGAAAUCUGCCUUAAGUCGGGCCUGCGGGUGGAGUCGGCGCGGCACGACACGGCACGCGUCCGCCGCUGCCUGGCGCGGGGUCUGUACACGCAGGCGGCCGAGCUGAGCGCCGACGGGCGGUCCUACACCCUGCUCGUUCCGCUCCGAGCCCCGGCAGCCUCCGGCGGGGCCGACGGCGGCCGCGGCCACAAACGGCCGGCAAACUACGGCGGCGGCGGCGGCGGCGGCGGCAACUCGGGCGACAACAACCCCACGAGCGUUCACGUGCACCCCGAGUCGGCGCUGUUCCGCCGCCAGCCGUCGCACGUGGUGUACACCGCGCUGGUGCGCACCUCGCGCUGCUACGUGCGGGGGGUGAGCGCCGUCGACGCGGCGUGGCUGGUGGAGGCGGCGCCCAAGCUGUUCCGGAGGCUGGGGGCCGCGGCCGGCGAGGCCGCCGAGGCCGCUCUCCCAUCGUGAUCGUUCGCUUUCGUCGUCGACGGCGGCGGCUUGGGGUGGGGGGUUUUGUAAACCAACCGGGGGUUUUGCCGUCGCGAGCGAACCGGUGGCGCGCCGCUUUGUGUGUUGAACUUCUUUGGCGUGCGCGCCGUGCGUAGCCACCAACCGUGCCGGUCGCAGGUUACGGGGGAAAUGUAAUUACAGAACCUGCCGAUGAUGUUGAAAAUAAACGUUUUAUUUAUCGAGCAUCUUUCAUGCCGCAGUGUUUCAAGGCGCUUUCACGCAAGCUAUGGUAAAAGACAAACAUUGAACAAAGAUGCAUUUUUCAUGAAAUACUUGGAAUGUUAUA